CAUUCACAGAUGUGUCUCCAUGCAUUCUGACAGCCAGCAAGAGCCGCUACACUGAAUGUAGAGGAAGAAAUUGAGGGACGAAGAGAGACCACCAAGAAAAUUACAACAGCAUUACUGCGUGGUCUUGCCAAAAUCCCUCUCGAAUCGUGGGCUUGAGUGAGAGUGUGUCUGACAGUAGAAAGAAGAAAGGGGGGUAAAUCUACCAGCUGAUUCGUUCUCGAGGGUCCUUAUUACUGCCUCCACUUUAAUAUUAAACCUCAAUCCAGAAUCUACAGCACAAACAAAUACAGAAAUCAUAUCAACGAUCUGACAAAAAAGAGAGACAAAGAGUAAGAGAAGGACCUAGAGGAUUUUUUUGACGAAUGAAGCAUCAGGCAGCAUGUGGUGGAUAUAGCCGCAUCUACAUAAGCCGCCUGCUGCGGACGUGACAGCCCACGUGGUCUGGAUGCCAGCAGCUGCCUCUUGGAGCCCACGACGGCCCCUGGCAAUCUGAGAAACGUCCUCUGUUUCGCACCCCGACACCCCUGCUCCGCGAGGGACUCAUGAGGAUUAUUGAGUCUCGGGAUUAGUGAAGUGUCCACUUUGGCCGCGGGAGAAAGGGCAAACUAUUACUCGUACUUUGGAUGUACCAGAGCAUGAGGUGCUCUGGGAGCCGGCAGUGUGGUGGAUGACCUCCAGUAUGCGGCCGUCACAGCUGGACCUCACGCUUGUGGCCAUCCGCUGUUUCUAACCAAUGGUAAUGACCAGGCAUAGACCCAGCCCUGGAGAUGCCGAAGAGAAGAGAUAUUCUUGCCAUCGUGUUGAUUGUGUUACCGUGGACCCUUCUCAUCACUGUGUGGCACCAAAGUGCAAUUGCCCCCCUACUUGCCAUCCGAAAGGUCUGUCACCAUCUAGUAAAAGAGAUCUUAAUCAUACCAGAGCGACUAACGGUCUACCGACAUCGGCUAGCAGAUGAUGGGACCGAAAGCAGGCACGAGGCCGGUCCGGCCACGGACUCAAAGGAGUACUGCUCGCAAGACAAGGACAUAGUGGAGGUAGUCCGUACGGAGUACGUGUACACGAGACCUCCGCCCUGGUCUGAUGUAUUGCCCACCAUUCACGUCAUCACCCCGACGUACAGCCGCCCGGUGCAAAAGGCCGAGCUAACGCGGUUGGCCAACACCUUUCUCCACGUCCCCAACCUACACUGGAUCCUAGUGGAGGACUCUCAGAGGAGAACCCCACUUGUUACCAGGUUGCUGAGGGAGACGGGGCUGAACUACACGCACCUCAAUGUGGAGACCCCGAGGAACUAUAAGCUGCGAGGGGACACGAGAGACCCCAGGAUUCCUCGAGGAACCAUGCAGAGGAAUCUGGCUCUGAGAUGGCUACGGGAGACUUUCAACUCCAACAGCAGCCAGAUGGGAAUCGUCUAUUUUGCAGAUGACGAUAACACGUAUAGCUUGGAGCUCUUUGAGGAGAUGCGCUCAACCCGUAAAGUAUCAGUGUGGCCAGUAGCGUUCGUUGGAGGUUUGCGGUACGAGUCUCCGAAGGUGAAUGCAGCUGGAAAAGUCUACGGCUGGAAAACCAUUUUUGACCCUCACCGGCCCUUCGCCAUCGAUAUGGCAGGUUUUGCCAUCAACCUGCGGCUUAUUCUGUUUAAGCCUCAGGCCUACUUCAAGUUGCGCGGAGUGAAGGGAGGCUACCAGGAGAGCAGCUUACUCAGAGAGCUGGUCACUCUUAAUGACCUGGAGCCAAAAGCUGCCAACUGCACUAAGAUUCUUGUGUGGCACACGAGGACAGAGAAACCUGUUCUGGUGAAUGAAGGAAAGAAAGGCUUUACAGACCCAAAUGUGGAGAUCUGACAUCUGCUUCAACUGUGGUACGGUUAUUUUAAGACCCAAAAGAGGAUGUCAGAGUUUUGUCCCCACCUUCGAGGUUUUGAACAGUCUGGAAUGCUUUUUCCUACCACAUUUUAACAAGCUCAAC